CAAGUCACCCGGUGUGGAGCGGAGGCAGUGCGUCCAACUGUUGGACCAGCCGCCAAGAGACUGCUCCAGUGUCUCCCAAAGACUCACCCACCACAAUAAAGACGCGUCUCCCGUGAGCUGGACCUCCAGACAGCAGGAGUGGAAGGAGGCAAGACAAACCCGAGAUGGAGACCACCACCAAAUCCACCCAUCCAGACUUCUCACCCCGCACAGAUCGGAGUACAGCAGCGAGGACUCGGGACACAGAGCAGUCGGGACGUCCGAGUACCAGAGGCCGACUUUCAGCAUGUCCACAGACCAAAGAGAAGAAGGUCUGGAUCACAGCAGGCUGGCUGGGUCCUCGUCUCAGAGCUCCAGCGGGGUGACGGGCAGCCUGGGGGACACGUCCCCGCUGGACAGACAUGAUAGCCCGUCUCCUGAAACCUCCAGUCAGUCCAGCCAUGGGACAGCAGAGGGCAGCUCCAGGAUGCAGGUCGGAGUGUGUGCAUGUGUGAGUUCGGACAGCGGCUCGGUCACAUCUUCACGCUCUCAGAGGAUUGCUCAGGCGAAGUGGGAGUUUCUGUUUGGAGGUCAGACGGAGGAGAAACGCUGCUUCAGAGACGCUCCGUCCACGACGCCUCCGACCAGCACCUCGCCCAGCCCCACCCCUCCCUCCUCCCUCCGUCUGACAGCAGCCAAUCAGAGGAGGGGGCGGGACAGCGGGGGCCGAAAGCUGUCCCACCACGAGGUCCGGCAGAUCGAGGUGGAGUUGCUAAGCACCAACUCUCAAAGCUCCAACCCCAGGACGGGCAUUAUCCGGAGGACCAUCAAGUACUCGGAGACAGACCUGGACGCCGUCCCGCUGCGCUGCUACCGGGAGACGGACCUGGACGAGGUGAUGCGGGCGGAAGCGGAGGCAGCUGAGGAUGCGGACUCGGCCUUCAGCAGCAACCGCAGCUUCAGCUCAGCCAACGCUUCUUCCAAAGGCCAGGCCAGCAGGGCAAAGGAGGUGAACGGGGCGGCGGAGGAGGAUGAGGAGGACGAGGAGGAGCAGGAGGAGGAGGAGGAAGGCGUGGUGAGCUGGGCCAGCGUCAGGAUGCAGGGAGACAAACAGAGACAGAGAGCUGCUAAGGAGGAGGCCGAGGUGCUGAGCCUGCUGCUCAAAGGGUCUCUGGAGGCCUCGUCCGACUCCCACGGAGGCCUCAAGUCUCCGAUCUCUGUCGGCAGCCCUCGCAGACCUUCCGACAGCAACCUGGACUCCUUCAGCCGGCACUUCGAGAGCAUCAUGGAGUCCCACCGGGCCAAAGGGACCUCCUACAGCAGCCUGGACAGCGUGGACCUGCUGACCUCCGGGUCCACCUCCGUCUUCACCUUUGACCUGCCAACACUGACGCCUGAGAUUCAGAGUCAAAUCUGUGCGAGUGCCAAGCAGAUCAUUGAGCUGAGCUUCGCCCCGCUGUCCCGCCCCGCCCCCUCCGGCCCCCCCGAGACGUCCCGCUCAGAGAUCAGCCUCUGUGUGGGGGAGACCCCGCCCAGAGGGGGCUCCCAGGACGACUCGGGCCCCCCGACACGCUCCAGGUCAGAGAGGGAGUCAUCACGUCGCUCCGUCCUCAGAGACGGCUUCAGGAAGGCCAGCUCGGUGCCGGCGCUGCACGGCAGCUCCAGGGAGCGUCCGGUAAAUCGCCCUCCGGAGCUCCUUUACCCUCAGGCUGACGUAGCCGAGCGUCUGGCACUCGGCGGCAGCGACGACGCGCUAGCUAACGGGACGAAGGCCGACCUGCAGGCUGCCAAACGGCUCGCGAAACGCCUCUACAGCCUGGACGGCUUCAGGAAGUCUGACGUGGCACGCCACCUGGGCAAGAAUAAUGACUUCAGCCAGAUGGUGGCAGAAGAGUAUCUGAGUAACUUCGAUUUCACCGGUCUGAACAUCGACCAGGCGCUCAGGUUGUUUCUCCGACAGUUUGCACUGAUGGGAGAAACUCAGGAGAGAGAGAGAGUCCUGGUUCAUUUCUCCAGAAGGUUCAGACAGUGUAACCCGGACUGGCUCCAGACUGAAGACAGCGUCCACACUCUGACGUGCGCCGUCAUGUUGCUGAACACAGAUCUCCAUGGAAACAAUGUGGGGAAGAGGAUGUCCUGCAGUCAGUUCAUCUCAAACCUUGAAGGACUCAACAACGGCAAUAAUUUCCCCAAAGAACUGUUGAAGACCCUGUACAGCUCCAUCAAGAACGAGAAGCUACAAUGGACCAUUGAUGAAGAGGAGCUGAGGAAGUCCAUGUCCGAGUUGGCCGACGCUCGCACAGACUCCGCCUCCCACACCAUGAGGCGCCUGGUUGGUGGGAACCCGCUGGUGGGCGUGGCCCAGCAGGCAGACGCCGAGCUGUAUAAAAGCGGCUUCCUGGUUCGCAAAGUCCACGCCGACCCGGACGGGAAGAGAACUCCGCGGGGAAAACGAGGCUGGAAGGCUUUCUACGGCGUUCUGAAGGGUCUGAUUCUCUACCUGCAGAAGGAGGAGUACCGGCCGGAGCGCGAAGUGACGGAGGAGGACGUGAAGAACGCCGUGUCGGUGCAUCACUCUCUGGCCAUGCGAGCCGCUGACUACAGAAAGAGACCCAAUGUGUUCUACCUGAGGACGGCGGACUGGAGGGUGUUCCUGUUCCAGGCCCCGAACCCUGAGCAGAUGCACUCCUGGAUCACUCGCAUCAACGUGGUGGCGGCCAUGUUCUCCGCUCCUCCGUUCCCGGCUGCCAUCGGUUCUCAGAAGAGGUUCAGCCGACCUCUGUUACCGGGAUCCAACACCAAGCUGUCCCAGGACGAGCAGGUCAAAUCCCACGAGAGUCGCUUCCGAGCCGUUUCCUCCGAGCUGGCCGAGCUCGCCACCACCUCCCCCGACAGGAAGGUCAAAGGCCGUGAGCAGGAAGAGCAUAAACUGCGGAAAGAGUACCUUGAGUUUGAGAAAACUCGGUACGGGACGUACGCCAUGCUGCUGCGGGCGAAGCUGGCCAGCGGUGACGACGACCUGUCUGCGUUCGAGUCGCGGCUGUUUGACGACGGCGGGCUGCAGAGGGCGCACUCCAGCCCCGCGUUGCCGCAGGACACCUCCGCCGCCAAGGAGAAGAUACGGGCCAGCAAAAGUCUGAAGGUCACGACCUCGUCUUCAAAGAGCGAGGGCAGUGAGGCGGGCAGGAAGAACAGUGGCAAUCAGAGGGCGGAGCCUCAGGGGACGGAGCUGAAGAAGGCGGGUCCUCAGAGGGCGGAGCCUCAUCGGGUGGGGCCUCAGAAGGCGGAGCCUCAGAAACAGAACAAUAGCGUGGAGGAGGUGCCGUAAACAGGAUUCAGCCGAGGAGACACACAGAGAGCAUCAUGGGAAACAUCCUCUUCUGACCUUUUCGUUCUCAUCAUGAUUGGCUGAGACUUUGGUUUCGAGCCUCCUGAUUGGCUGGGGAGAUUUUCCUCCGGCGCCGAGGCGUUCAGGGGCAGUGGGAGAGGAGACGCUCGUUCAGGAGACCGCUGCCCUGACGUCAGCUCUCGUCCAAUCAGCAGCCAUGCUUUGUGACAGAAUCAUUUCAGAGAUGGGCGGAGCCUGCGGGUACUUCAGGAACACGGAACAGCUUGGAGAACGUUUCAGGGAACGUUCGCCUCACAUGGUGGAACGCGUGUGUGUAUGUGUGUGUACAUGUGCGUGCGUGCGUGCGUGUGUGUGUGUAUCGUGGUACGGAGGCUCACUAGUGACAAACUGCUGAAACAAAGUUUCAGCGGAGUUUGGAGUUUCACCUAAUUUUAAAAGUUUUUAUUUUUUAAGUUUACCGUUUUCAUUUUCAUUCAUUUUUCUUCAUUUUGAUCAAAUAGAUUUUUUAAAAAAGUUUUUCUGCUUCAAUUAGCUGAAAGUGUAAAUUUUAUUUAUUGAAUGGAAACUUCUUUGUAGUUAAAUUCAACAAAUGUGGUGAACUAAAUUCACAGAAAUAAUUUGGUGAAAUGCGUCAAUCAGACUGUUAAGGUUUGAUGUGAAAGUAAAAAAAAAUAGUUUUAAACUUGUUCAGUUGCUAACGAGCUUCUAACGGCACUUUUUCUCUUUUUGCUGUAAAAACAAGAUUGGAUCUGUCUGAAAUCUCCCCCCUGACCUCUGACUGGUCGAUUCAGUCCACACUACAUCAAGCAUCCAUACAGAAACAAAGACGUAUGACAGCGACUCUGAAGUUCAGCACAGCUGUGACCAGAACCGUCAAGUCGUUCCAGAAGUACUGAGUUAUUCCAGAUCCGUCAAGUCAUUCCAGUUAUUCCUGAUAUGCUGAGUUAUUUCAGAUCUGCCAAGUCGCUCCAGAUCUGCCAAGUCGUUUCAGAAAUGCUGAGUCAUUCCAUAUAUGCUGAAUCAUUCCAGAAAUGCUGAGUCAUUCCCAAUAUGCUGAAUUAUUUCAGAUCUGAGCCAUUUCAGAUCUGCCAAGUUGCUUCAGGUCCGCCGAGUCAUUCCAGAUCUGCAGAGUCUCAUCAGAAAUGCUGAGGAAGCUUCGCGUUGUUGAGCUGCAGCAGGAGGACGUCUGGGUGGACGAUUUCACGGUGAAGUCAGAUCUGUUUGAACCAGGACCUGGACCUGGACCAGGACCUGGAGUGUCCGUCCCCCUGCUGUGAAGACGGUUCUCUCCUCGGCUCCUCUCUUGUUUCCCGCUCACUGUCCGAUAUCUUGCAGCUUCCAGCUCUUCGUCUGCGUCCAAGUUUGUAAAUAAAGUUUGAGAAGCCAUAAAGGGGGCGGGGCCAGACUCGCCUGCUCACUGCUUUUUUUUAGACACAUUAGAGCAGGAAAGUUAAUUUAUUGUGUUUGCCUCGCAAUCGAUAACAAAACCCUGCCGAUAGUUUCUGUUUCAGCGUCACAGCGGCGCUAAUGUUAGCCGCUAGCUCGCUGUAAAUACGUCACAAUGUGAAGUUUGUCGUAGUGAAACAACCAUUCUGAAGGCUUAGAGGCAAAAAUAAAAACCUUUUCAACAUU